AUGGCCCUUAGUUUAAGAGCUGAUGAAUUUCUAAAGUUGGAAGAAUUUAAAACUUUGAAUAAAGAGGAAAUGAUUUCUGAAUUUGAGAAAUAAACAGCUUACCGGAUUUUUGAGCAGGGAACUACUUUUGCAGCAUUCGAUGGAGAAUAAUUGGUGUCUUAUUACUUUACGUAUGACUUGACUUUUGAACCCUUUGCUGAAGUAGAUAAAUUAAAUUCGCAGCAGUAAGUUAUCAGAAAUAUUAGACUUGAUGCCAUUGAAUUACUCAAGCCUUAGCCUGGGUUGUACCGAUAUCUGGGAUACACUACAACGAAAGAAGAAUACAGAAGAAACAAAUUAAUUUGGAAACUGAGUCUUUCAGCUAUGAAAGAGAGUAUUUCUAAAGGGUACAGAUAUGGUGUAUUUUCUAUUGCCAGUUUAGCAAUGCUUAGACUAUGCUAAUCGAUAGGUUGCAAAAUAAUAAAAUAUUAUGGUCCUAUAGAUGAGAACGACAAGAAAAACUAUUAUUUUGGAGAAGGAGAAUUUUCUAAGGAUAUGGCAGUAAGAGGAAUAGCUGUUUUUGACUCUAAUUCAAUAGACGCGUCUAUACUUAAUGCAAGACUUUGA